AGACAUGCGGAGCCAUGCCCAGAUAGCCAAGGAGUAGGUAGUGGAGGUCCUGGGUGUGUGUGCGCUGGAGCCGAAGUCAAAAAAGGAGAAGCCGAGAGGCGGGAUUGUUAUGUGUCUCGCGGAGCUUUCAGACUGAGGCGAGCGGCUCUGCACUUUGCGCCUCCUCCGAGUGCAUUGGAUGGAUUUCUGACGAGUGGAUGGAAUGCCAGUUUAUAGCAUCGACCGAAAAUUCCCUGACUCGUCCGGUGAUUCCAUACAGUUAUCAGCAGAAGGAGACCCAAUGACAAUGACCGACAACACCCCCCGCAAGUCGGCCAAGAAACCCCACUGGACCUCCCUGGAGAUCGGCCUAACCACGGUUGUCUCCUUAUUCUUCAUCGUCAUCAUGGCCCUCGUCAUCCUCUAUGCCACACAGAGGACCGAAGAAAUCUGCACUACAGCUGACUGUACUCAGUCAGCGGCUCGCCUGCUCCAGAACAUGGACACCAGCACGGAUCCUUGCGACAACUUUUAUCAGUACGCUUGCGGCGGCUGGCUCAAAAAGAACCUCAUCCCAGAUACCAGCUCAAGAUACGGCACCUUUGACGUCUUACGGGAGGAACUGCAGGUCAUUCUUAAAGGUGUUCUUGAAAAAACCGUGGAAGGAGAAGCGGAAGCUCUCGCAAAGGCUAAGACCCUUUAUAAAUCCUGUGUCAAUGAGAGUUUAAUUGAGAAAAGAGGGGGUUUGCCUUUGCUCAAUAUGCUUCCUGAUGUGUUUGAGUGGCCCAUGGCUGUAGACAACUGGGACACGGACUAUGGUGCAACAUGGAGACUGGAGGACGUCAUUGCUAAGUUGAAUGUGAAAUACAGACGAGAACUCUUGGUUGUCAUGUUUGUCUCUACCGACGACAAGGACUCAAAGUCGCACAUCAUUCAUUUUGACCAGCAAAGCAGCUUGGGCCUCUGGACCAGAUCUCACUAUGCUUGUAACGGUUCCUACGAAGAGGCAUGUCAGGCCUAUGAGCAGUUCAUGUUUGACCUGGUAAAGCUGAUCCGCACUGACCGGGGUCUGUCCUUCAACGAGACGCUGGUCAAAGAGGAAAUGACGCGAGUAACCGACCUGGAACGAGACAUUGCCAAUGCUAUUGAGUCCAUAGAGUAUCGCAGCGAUCCAAAGUUGCGUUACCACAAGAUGGAACUUGGAGAUAUGAAUACCAAUUUCACCCUUGAGGUUGAAUCACAGGUGUUCAACUGGUCUUAUUUCGUGGCUAAAAUAAUGAAUACAGUCAACGUCACUGUGACUGACACAGAAAAGGUCAUAAACUUCUGCCCCGAGUAUUACAGAGGCCUUAAACUAAUCUUGGCCAAAUACACAAAAAGGGAUUUGCAGAACUACCUGGUGUGGCGUGUUGCUAUGAACAUGGUUAUGCGCCUCAGUACAGCAUACAGAGAUACUGAAAAGGUAUUCAGAAAGGUUCUGUAUGGCGUGACAUCAGAGGCGGUGGCGUGGAGAUUUUGUACGGUUUAUGUCAAUAGUAACAUGGAUAAUGCAGUGGGGCGACUGUAUGUGCAAGAGGCCUUCUCCAAAAACAGCAAAAAACUGAUGGAAGAGAUGAUCAAUGAGAUUCAGGAAGUUUUCAUCAGGAACCUCCACGAACUGACCUGGAUGGAUCCCGACACCAAGAAAGCAGCCGAGCAAAAGGCUCGAGCAAUCAAGGAACAAAUUGGCUACUCUGAAGACAUCAUGGAUGACAAAUACCUCAAUGACGAGUACAAAGAUCUGCACUACAGUGAGGAGGAGUUCUUUGAAAACAGCCUGCGUAUCAUGGAGUACAUGCAAAGGAAACGCCUGGAGAAACUCAGGGAGAAAGUCAACAAAGACGAGUGGGUUUCGGGAGCGGCUGUCAUUAAUGCUUUCUACUCGUCUAGAAUAAACCAUAUAGUAUUCCCUGCUGGUAUCCUGCAGCCUCCAUUCUUCAGUCAAGGCCAGGCCAAAUCUCUCAAUUACGGAGGAAUCGGCGCAGUCAUCGGUCAUGAGAUCACGCACGGCUUCGACAACACAGGUAAGAAAUAUGAUGAGAAUGGCGACCUGAGGGACUGGUGGACGCCCGACUCGGCUCAAAACUUCUUGGAACUGUCUAGGUGUAUUGUGGAUCAGUACAGCAACUUCACAUGGGACCUGCUCAAUGGACUUCACUUAAAUGGUAACCUCACCCUGGGUGAGAACAUUGCUGAUAACGGUGGAAUACGGCAGGCCUAUCAGGCCUACAAGAACUAUGUGAGGAAACAUGGGGAGGAGCCACGACUGCCAGGAAUGAACCUUUCCCACGAUCAACUCUUCUUCCUCAACUUUGCUCAGGUGUGGUGUGGAACACAACGCCCAGAAGACGCUAAGAAUUCCAUGGAAAGUGAACACAGUCCAGGACAAUUCAGGGUCUUGGGCUCUCUUCAGAAUUUCCCUGAAUUUGCCAAAGCAUUCAGCUGCAACAAGAGCAGCUACAUGGUCCCUGACAACGUGUGCCAGCUGUGGUGAUCCGCAAAGCUCUCGGACAAUGUCUGACACUAAAACCCCAGCCCCUUUACUUGACUGUCGGGCGAGGGACGACAAGGAGGGGGUGAUAGGAGCUCUCACCCAGAUUGAGCAGGACUAUGUACGUCCUGAGAGAACAGCAGCAGACUGUUCAUCUACAACUCUUUCAUCCAGUUAGCAUCACUAUUGUCUUCACUGAAUGCAAAAAUAUUUUGUUCAUUUUAGUUUUUCUUAAUGUGUGAGUCUGCCAAGGAAUGCUGUACCGGAGAGAGUGGAGGCGAUCCAACUCACUGGCUGAAAAAUACACCAAACACCCACUCACACACAUAGCCAUAGAGGGAUGAACAACUGUACUAUAUGCGGGACUGUCUUCGAUGUACAAACACACAGUCUUGGUCAAAUGUUUACAUACAAUUGUUAAGAACAUAAUGUAAUGGUCGUCUUGAGUUUCCAAUAAUUUCUACAACUAUUAUUUUUUUGUGACAGAGUGAAUAAUUGUUGGUUACAAAAAACAUUCACGAAGUUUGGUUCUUUUAUGAAUUUAUUAUGGGUCUACUGAAAAUGUGAGCAAAUCUGCUGGGUCAAAAGUAUACAUACGGCAAUUUUAAUAUUUGGUUACAUGUUCCUUGACAAGUUUUACUGCAAUAAAGCGCUUUUGGUAGCCAACCACAAGCUUCUGGCAAGCAUCUGGUUGAAUUUUUGUUUCAUCUGACCACAGAACUUUCCUCCGGAAGGUCUUAUCUUUCACCAUGUGAUGUCAGAUUAAACAAAAAUUGCCUGUUUGGCCAAAAUACCCAGCAAUAUGUUUAGAAGAGAAAAGUUGAGGCCUUUAAUCUCAGGAACACCACACUAUCGUCAAGCAUGGUGGUGGUAGUAUUAUGCUCUGGGCCUGUUUUGCUGCCAAUGGAACUGGUGCUUUACGGAGAGUAAAUGGUACAAUGAAAAGGAAGAUUACCUCCAAAUUCUUCAGGACAAGCUAAAAUCAUCAGCCCGGAGGUUGGGUCUUGGCCGCAGUUUAGUGUUCCAACAGGACAAUGACCCCAAACACACAACAAAAGUUGUAAAUAAAUGACUAAAUCAGGCUAGAGUUAAGGUUUUAGAAUGGCCUUCCCAAAGUCUUGACUUAAACGUGUGGACAAUCCUGAAGAAACAAGUCCAUGUCAGAAAAUUAAAAAAUUUACCUGAACUGCACCAAUUUUGUCAAGAGAAAUGGUCAAAAAGUCAACCAGAAGCUCGUUGAUGGCUACCAAAAGCACUUUAUUGCAGUGAGACUUGCCAUGGGCCACGUAACCAAAUAUUAACAUUGCUGUAUGUAUACUUUUGACCCAGCAGAUUUGGUCACAUUUUCAGUAAACCCAUAAUAAAUUCAUAAUAGAAACAUUCAUGAAUGUUUUUUGUGACAAAUAAGUAUGUGCCCCAAUCACUCUAUCACAAAAAAACAAGAGUUUUAGAAAUUAUUGGAAACUCAAGACAGCCUUGACAUUAUCUUCUUUACAAAUGUAUGUAAACUUUUGACCACGACUGUACAUAGAUUAGUUUAGGUACAUUUUUACAGAAAGUAUUUACUAGGGAUUUACACGAUGCUUCUCUGUGUUUGACGCGAGCCAGCGUCAAUGUGCGUCUGCUGUUCAUUAUCACUCAAAGAAAUAAGCCAGUGGAUGCUUUUUGCCUUUUUAAGAUCUACUUACCAGUCACUGAGAUGACAAUCGACAGACUCUGUGUACACCUCACGGUUGAUAAUUGCCAAUGCCUUACAGGACUUGUCUGCUGCACUUACGGUAGGUCAGAGGCGCAUUCUAAUGGGGUCCAAUACAGCAGUUGAAAAUCAUAGUUACAGUAGGAAAUACAUUCAUAUGGCUCCGUUCCUCGGUGUAUCUCCCGUUCGAGCAGACCUGGGCAAAAUAAGGCCCGGGGGGCCGCAUGCAUAUGAUAUUCAUAUGUUGUCAAUAUUCAGUGUUUUAUUGUUUAUAGUUAAGCUUUUCAAUCUAGCCCACCGGACAUUCCCCCAAAAUGUUUUUAGUUCUUUAAGAUGGAAACUGUAGCUGCCAUUAUGCCAUUAUACAAGGCCAGUCCACGGUGUAAACCAGCCUAGACAAAAUAUGGCCCGCGGGCCACAUGCGGCCCAUUAAGAUUUUCAAUCCGGCCUGCCGAAUGUUCUACACAUUUUUUUUAGACAUUUAACAUCAAAACUAUCGCCGCCAUUAUUAAGUGCAGUGAUGUUUUCAAAUGAGCGUAAGUCUUGAACUACAGUAUAGAAAGUAUUCCAAUGGUUGGAAUAUGCGCUCUUGCAUGAUAUACUAGUUAACAGUUGUCCCGAUACCAAUAUUUUGGUACCGGUACCAAAAUGUAUUUUGAUACUUUUCAGUACUUUUCCAAAUAAAGGGGACCACAAAAAAAUGCA